AUGAGCUCCUCCCAAGCCAAACGCCUCGCAGGCAAAACCAUACUCGUCACCGGCGCCAGCUCCGGAAUCGGAAAGAGUACCGCGCUAGAGUUUGCGCGCACGCAGCCCGAUGAUCUGAAGCUUAUCCUUACAGCUCGUCGCGAAGAUGCGCUGAAGGAAGUCAAGAGCGAGAUUGAAGGGUUCGCAAAGGGCGUCAAAGUACACGUUGUCAAGCUUGAUGUUAGCAAUGUCGAGGAGAUCGGGAAGUUUGUGGGAAGUUUGCCCGAGGAGUUUAGGGAGGUGGAUGUUUUGGUUAAUAACGCCGGCCUCGUCAAAGGCGUCGACAAAGCCCCCUCAAUCGCCCAAGCAGACAUCAACAUCAUGUUCCAAACUAACGUCACCGGCCUAAUCGCCAUGACCCAAACCAUCCUCCCCAUCUUCCUCGCCCGCCCUGACGGUGGCCGAGGUGACAUUAUAAACAUCGGGUCCAUCGCGGGCCGCGAGCCGUACCCGGGGGGCUCCAUCUACUGCGCGACCAAGGCGGCCGUGCGGAGCUUCACCGACGCACUGCGCAAGGAGCUUGUUGCGUCGAGGGUCAGGGUUAUUGAGAUUGACCCCGGGCAGGUCGAGACGGAGUUUAGUGUCGUCAGGUUUGGCGGCGAUAGGGAGAAGGCGAAGAAGGUUUAUGAGGGCGUCGAACCGUUGACGGGAGAUGAUAUUGCGGAGGUGGUGGUUUUUGCGGCGGGGAGGAGGGAGAAUGUUGUGCUGGCUGAUACGCUGGUUUUCCCGAACCAUCAGGCUGCGGCGACGGUUAUGCAUAGGAAGUCGACACUAUAG